AUGGGUUCUGUUCUGCUCAACUCCAACGGCCAUGCGCAGCCAAGCGCCCGCGGUCACCUGGAGGAACGCAUUGGCGGAGUGCUGGACUUUUACCUGUUACUGGGCCCAGAGCCACCGGCCUCCGUGGUGCAGCAGUAUCUGGAGGCCGCCAGCCAGGCCAGCGUACAGGCCCUGGGUUCCAUCCGGUGCCGCUGGUUAGGGCACAGCUAUUGCCACCUGGGAGUUUGUCAAGGGCAUGAGGAGCUACGGCAUACCCAGUUGGUGCCUCAAUGA